GCAGAGGCUCUUCCAGAGAGAGAGAGAGAGAGAGAGAGAGAGAGAGAGAGAGAGAGAGAGAGAGAGAGAGAGAUAAGGAUGCGAAAAGGAGAGAAGGGGAAGAAGAAGGGCGAGAAUGAAGGGAAACGCCGGAGGAAAGGGUGCAGGGCAUGAGCAAAAGGAUUUCAGCAGCUGCCAGUGCGUCUAGCAUUCCGGGGGCUCGUCUAUGAAUGAUUUAUAGAAAGGGGUACUUUGAGAUAUGAUGAGCUCUCUUACUGGCUGGCAAUAGUACUAUGAUUUGGUAUGUGGCCACUUUGAUAGCAAGUGUGUUCAGCGCCCGAGGAACGGCCGCUCAAGGUGCCCACGGAGUCAGAGAAGAGCCCCAGUUUGUGACUGCCCGUGCUGGGGACACCGUGGUUCUGGGAUGUGACGUGUCCCACCCGCUCAACGGGCAGCCCUACGUGGUGGAGUGGUUCAAGUUCGGAGUGCCCAUCCCCUUCUUCAUCAACUUCCGAUUCUACCCUCCCCAUGUGGUCCCGGAGUACGCCGGAAGAGCUAGCCUGCAUGGGAAGUCAUCUCUGCGGAUUGAGAGGGUACGUUCAGAUGAUCAGGGCUGGUACGAAUGCAAGGUGUUGAUGUUGGAGCGGCAGUACAACACCUUCCACAAUGGCAGCUGGGUGUACCUCACAGUGAAUGCUCCUCCAACCUUCACGGACACCCCACCACAGUACGUGGAGGCCAAAGAGGGGGGCAGCAUCACUCUUAGCUGCACGGCGUUCGGCAACCCCAAACCCUCGGUCAGUUGGAUACGGGAGGGUGAACAAUUACAGGAUAGCGCCAAGUACAAGGUGAGCGAUGGCAGUCUGACGGUGUUGUCCAUCAGCCGGCAGGACAGAGGAGCAUACACGUGCAGGGCCUACAGUGUACAGGGAGAGGCCGUCCACACCACACGCCUACUCGUCCAAGGACCUCCAUUUAUCGUCUCCCCUCCCGAGAACAUAACCGUGAACAUAUCCCAGGAUGCUUUCUUCACCUGCCAGGCUGAGGCAUAUCCUGGCAACAUGACGUACACCUGGUUCUGGGAGGAAGAUAAUGUCUUCUUCAAGAACGAUCUAAAGCGCAGAGUGAGCAUUCUGAUUGAUGGCUCCCUCAUCAUUGCCCAGGUGAAGCCAGAGGAUGCUGGGAAGUACACUUGCAGCCCCAGUAAUAGCCUUGGUCGGCCCCCCACUGCGUCAGCAUACCUGACAGUGCAAUACCCUGCCCGUGUGGUGAACAUGCCACCCGUCAUUUAUGUGGCCAUCGGACUGCCGGGGUACAUCCGCUGCCCGGUGGAUGCCAACCCACCUGUCACUUCAGUGAAGUGGAAAAAAGACGGUCUGCCUCUCCGGAUAGAGAAGUAUCCUGGCUGGAGCCAAAUGGAGGAUGGGAGCAUUCGAGUGGCUGAGGUGACAGAGGACUCUCUUGGCACCUACGCCUGCGUGCCUUACAACGCCCUGGGUACCAUGGGACAGUCCCCUUCCGCCCCCUUGGUGCUAAAGGAUCCCCCUAAGUUUCUGGUGGUUCCAGGCGGAGAGUACAGACAGGAAGCAGGAAGAGAGCUUGUCAUCCCCUGUGAGGCAGAAGGAGACCCAUUCCCCAACAUAACAUGGAGGAAGGUAGGGAAGCCCAGCAGGGGCAAGCACAACGUCCUACCAAGAGGCAGCUUACAGUUCAAAUCUCUCAGCAAGGAGGACCAUGGGGAGUGGGAGUGUGUCGCUUCCAAUGUUGCCACGAGCAUCACUGCCAGCACGCGCCUCCUCGUAAUCGGCACAAGCCCUCACGCCCCCAAAAACAUCCACGUUUCGGUCUCGACGACCUCGGCCAACGUCUCAUGGGAGCCAGGCUACGACGGCGGCUUUGAGCAGACAUUCUCAGUCUGGUACGGCCAUGUGGUGAAGAGAGAGCAGCUAGGUUCGCAUGACUGGCUCUCCAUGCCUGUGCCAAGUGGACAGCACUGGCUGCUGAUGCAGGGCCUGGAGUCUGAGACGGCCUACCAGUUCAGCGUCCUGGCGCAAAACAAGCUGGGCACGGGCCCCUUCAGUGAGGUCGUCACUGUGAACACUCUAGUAUUUCCUAUAAGUACCCCCGAACCUCUGGUGCUGCUUACCCCACCACGGUGCCUCACAGCCAACCGGACACAACAGGGAGUCCUGCUAACGUGGAUCCCUCCAGCCAAUCACACGUCACCGAUCGAUCAUUACAUCAUGGAGUUCCGUCUUGGAGAGAGGUGGGAAGUCCUGGAUGAUGCAAUCCCUGCAGGAGAAACGGAGCUGUUGGCCAGAGAUCUGAUUCAGGAGGUAUGGUAUGAGUUCAGAGUUAUGGCAGUCAUGGAGGACCUCAUCAGUGAACCCAGUAAUGUAGUUGGUGUCUCCAGUACAGACUUCUUCCCACCGCCAGACGUGGCAGACGAGGGGCUGGCGCGGCCGGUGGUGGCGGGCAUCGUGGCCACCAUCUGCUUCCUGGCGGCGGCCAUCCUCUUCAGUACACUGGCAGUCUGCUUCGUCAACAAGCAGCGGCGACGCAAACUCAAGAGGCGACGAGAUCCCCCUCUUUCAAUAACACACACCAGAAAAAGCGUGGAGACUCCACCUUCUUCUGGAAAGAUGAGUCCAGAGAGUGUCCGAUCCAUGGGAGCUCCAUCGGAGUCAUCUGAGGAUGGAUCCCGAGCUAAGAAAAGUCCUGCCAAGGAGAAGGAGCUUUCCUUAUACAAGAAGACCAAAAGAGCAAUAAUUAGCAAGAAAUAUAGCGUCUCUAAACAUGAAGCUGAGGCUACUACACCUAUUGAGUUAAUCAGUCGUGGGCCAGAUGGUCGCUUUGUCAUGGAUCUCAAUGAUAUAGACACACCUGUCAAGCCUAGGCGUAUUGAGGGCUUCCCUUUUGUGGAAGAAUCAGACCUUUAUCCAGAAUUUCGACAGUCUGAUGAAGAGAAUGAUGAUCCAGGUCCCAUGCCUCCUAUGAUGGCAACUCUCAGACCCCAUCAGAUCUCUCCCAUUUCUUCCAGCCAGGAGUCUUACUUGCAACCCCCAGCCUAUAGCCCCCGCUUCCAAAGGCCAAUUGAAGGGAUGACCAUCAUGGAAAGCAGUCGACUUCAGGCCAUGGGGCAGAUCCGUGAUGCUCCUCAUUUUCGAGCCUUUUCCCAUGGCCAGUUCUACUUGGGCAGCUAUUUGGGCAGUCCUGGAGAACCCGAGCCUCCACCUCCUUUCUACAUGCCAGACACCAGCCCACUUAGCUCAGUAAUGUCUUCACCCCCUUACCACAUUGAGAGGCCUUUUGGUCGUCCACCCAUACCAGAGGAAAUCAGUGAAGGAGAGAUUCAGCACUAUGCAGUCUCAGGCUGCUCCCUUCCCUUGACACACACAUCAUCCCGUUCUCCAGAUAUCUGGCAACGGCCUGAUUUCCCCUUUGCCACGUUUGAGGGUCCUCACUUCAUAUUCCCACCCCACCACCCUUUGCAAUUUCAUCGGGAACCUUCUCUUCCACCACCCCUCAUUCUCCCUCCUAGUGCUCUCCCACCUGCUUCAAUUCAUAUACCCUCUUAUCCUGGUAUUCUUCAGCUGGAGGCCCCAAAGAGUCGGCUAGGCAAGUCUCCCAGCAAAGUGAAGCCUCAGGGCCUUCCAGCCAAGCAUUUACCUAUGCAAGAGGCACAGAGUCUAGGGCAGCUAAGACACACAAGCCACGGUAUGGGUGUGCCGGUAUUGCCUUACCCUGACCAAGCGUCUCACAUUGUUGGUCCUAGCUCAUUUGGAAGCCUGGAUACUCGUUGGUAUGAGCUAACGCCCAGACAGCCCCGUCGGAUGGAACCCAGCAUGGUGGUACUCCAGCCUUCCCGUCUCUCACCCCUUACUCAAAGCCCGAUUAGCUCUCAUGAGGGUUCUCCAGAGAUUGUAGUGCGUCCCAGGCCCCGUCCUAGCAUUGUCCAGCCGUCCAUUCCCCCUGAGAUGUCUGAAAUAACCCUGCAGCCACCUUCAUCUGUUAGCUUUUCAAAAAGAUCCUCACCUUCUUCUUCCCCUGCUCAAGUCCAGGGAAGCCGACGAGCAAGUCCUAUUUACCGCUCCCACAUGGCCUUUGGCACCUCAGCAACAAGCUAUCCAUCCCAAUCUCCAUCACCCCCCAUGGAAAGCAGCAGCAUUUUUGGACAGAUGGCAACCCAGAGGAGGAGUGAGGAGAUUCUGCCAUCAGAACCCUCUCCGCCCCAGCUAUCAGCUUCAGGAAAACGUCGAGGUACACCGAGUGGUCCUGCAGGGUCUGAGAGGAUAGAAGCACUGAGAUAUCAACGUGUCAAAAAAGCCAAGAAGGUUGCAGUUAACAAUAACAACUCCAAGGCCAGAAAGAAAAUGGGUGUGUCGACCUCUCAGACCCAGCAGCCCCACACCUCUCAGGUCCUCCUACCAGAAGAAGCUCUCUACCUCCGCAAGAAGAAGAGGAAGUUGACCAGACAGGACCCGUACACUCGCUUCUCCGCCCUGCUGUACCGCCGUCCUCCACAAGAUGACCAGAAAGCCAUUCUGGCCAGUAUGGACAUAGUGGACCCAGACCACGCCACUUUCCUGUGAGGGCCCAGAGAGCAGGCCACGCUCUUCCCAAAGCCCACUGGUUCUGCACUGAGUUUCCCACCACCCCAGCUGUGCCCCAUAUCUACACCUCAUAUUUCCAUCCAUACUUUUCUUCUUUUUCUUUUUAAAAACUAUCUUUUCACUAGAUAAUGCUAGUUGGUAGUGUUCCAAGGUUUUGCUCCAGUGCAAGAUUACCUCAAACAGAGAACUAGUGUCAUUACGAUUUAGGUUUAUUUUUCGUCCAAAUGAGGCAUGCCAGCAUCUAGGCUCAUGCGUGUUCUUACUCCUCACAUUCCUGCACCUGUUUCAUUCUGCCAGUAGUCUUACUCUGUCUCAGCAGAACACAGGGUUCUCAUGCGUAGGCCAGAUAUACCUCAGAGUCACCCGAGACUCAUCAGUGCAACACUGCUGUACAGGCGAAGACUCUGUAACUUCCUAACAGUCAAACAUUUGGUGCUGGUGCUUGUUUUUAUUGUAUUAAAUAUCUUUAGGCAUCAUUCAUGUUCAAACGAGAAAAAUAGUUCAGGUCUUUCAAGGCAGAAUGACUGUUAUGCUCAUAAUGGUAUUAUGUAUUAAUAUACUUAUACCACAGCACUGUUAAAUUCUCUUAUCUGUUUGGUCAGGUGGUGAUUAAUUGUGGCUCUGACUGUAGUUCUGGCUUAAUUCAUAGACUCAUUUUAAUAUGUAAUAAUUUCUAUAGUAAAACACUUAUACAGGAACUUCUAUGGCAGAUAAUUAGAGCAGUAGUUGAUUAACUGUUGAUACGGUGAUUUGCUCUGUUAGAAGAUGUUUAUGAAACAUUUUGGAAGGAGUUUCCAGUGUUAGUGAUUUAUAUUAAUCAGUGGUAAAGCUGGAGCAUCAGGCAUCAGGCUUCGGAGUUUCUUUGUAGCGUGGCGAGCUGCAUUGCAUUGUUAAAAUAAAAUUCAGUAGAUAAAGGUGAAUGGUUGUUUCUCUGUUAUAAUUUAACAGGAACUAACUUGUUUGGGAUGUUUCCCAGCAUGAAAUGUAACUUUGAACAGAUAAAAAUACACGUCUCACGUCCUGUCACGUGGUUGCUGUGGUAUAAGAGGAAUAGAACAUGUUGGGAUGUGCUGUUAUUGGAAAAUGAUAAAACUUUGGGAUAGUAACUCCACUUCGAAGUCGGGCCACAUCACGACACCGCAUUGUUGAUUAUGUUAAUGUAACAGCAUGCUCCAUCAGGUUUUAUUCCUUACAUAAUAUACAUUGUGUGUGUGCAGUGUAGUCGUUUUUCAUUAAUCUGCUCCUCCAUGGAUUUGGAAUGGUCAGUAUUUCCAGUACUUUAUGGGGGAACAAAUUCAUUCACUCAAAGCAUCGUUCAUUAUUGUUCUUCAGAUGAAAAAUGACAUCAAUACUGUUCUAAAUAUUCUGAAUUAAUCCUGAGAAGGGAACAAAAACAUUAUCCAGAGAUGUGCACAGGUUACUUUCCACUACAACCCAAAGCUGCUAUGGCCAUGUGUGUGCAUUUUUCUGGGUUGGUGUUUUCUCUAAAUAAGUCUUUUGCAUUGGAGCAAAAUCUUGGUAAUCACUGUGAUGUACUGUCUUACGGUGAUCCUAACUUAUGGUUUUCUGAGCUCCUAUUAAAAAAUACAUAGUGUGUACCGUAAAUUAAAAACAAAAUACUACAGUUUCCUUAAUCAAUACAAUUCUUAAGUAUAAUGUACUGUGAGAAGGAAAGGAUUUUGUGCCAUAAUUAUACUGUAGUAUUUUUUUCAACUGUCCCUCCCUUUCCCUUUUAUCCAAAAAGGCGUAUUUAGUCUAAAGUUGGGCUCUUGAAUGCUUGGCUCCAUUUAUUUGUCUCUUUCUUCUUCUUUUUUUUUUUUGUUUUGUUAUUUUUUUGUUAUUUUUUUUAAUUCCAUUGGAAACCUCCUGCCUUUGUGGGCCAUUUUUGUAGCUUUUAUUUUGAGGGUUAACCUGCUGCAAGUAAAAGCAGCACCCCAGCUCCUGUCUCUAUCCUCUCUGGAAAGACAUUAUGGGAAAUGCUUAUGAGAAGAUCAGGCUUUCCCAUGUGGCCAAAGUUUUUUAUUGUAUAUCUAAUCAUCCAAGGGUGCUUCUUUUCUACUGGUUAAUAUGUAUUCUCACUGUCAGGACAAACAUAUCUGUGCUCAUGUAUGUUCACUUUGGUGGCCAGUCAUUGAAGGGGGAUUUUGCUGGUGGUGGUCAGCGAUGGUGCUCUACCUGUUUCACAUUAAUUUGUAACCGCUGAAAAAAAAAAAGCUCACAAGGGUGUUGGUUGCUUAAAUAGCAUCGGUUAUCAUAAUGAGGACUCCAACUUUAAGCUAGGUUGAUGUUUAACCUUAGUUUUGGAAAUUGAUUGUGUUGGUUCACAAUCAAUCCCCCUCCCAAAGCCUAAUCAGUACAAUACAGGCGUAUUCAACAGCCUAUUUUGGGUGCUAUCAAACUUUGGGAGUCUUCAGACUGUAAUCACUUGAAAUUGCUUAAUCUCUCUAAGUCGAUCUUCCAGCAGAUUUGGCUGCUGCUUGUCAUUUGAACACCGCAGUAUUUGACGUUUUAGGAUUUCAACAUCAUCCAAGCGUUGGAUCAAACUUUCUGUUUGCUGUGGCAUCUUGGCAGUCAAUACCUACUGUCCAUCAAAAUGCUUUUUUUUAGCAUUAAAAUGUCCUAAUUCAUACUUGACUUACAUCUGGGUGCUGAAUGUGAUCACCAGUUUGCAUUUAUAAUUUUAUCUACAUUGACAUUACAAGCUGGGGUGUACCUCAGGCGAGUAAGGGCACUUCCUUUAGGCAUGGUUAUGAGGAUUUAGAUGUAUUCUAUGCUUAUGUGAGACCAGCGCAUUACAAGUGUACCUGUGUAAGCGUUUUUGAUGAUUUUCUUUCACCUUGGUUAGGAGACUUAUUGUCAACUAGUCAUACAUCAUUUGGGGCUUUUAGAUAUACUUAGCACCGAGCGUGACACUUUUCAUUUGGCACAAAGCGUUGCUAUUGUUUCAGAUCACACCACUUCUUUUGUUCUCUGAAUGAUUUUUUGGUCUUUGCAAAGAAUAUCAGUCUUUGCGUUUUAAUGUCUGUAACUGUUGUUCCAUUUGUAAUUUAAAUUAAUGUCCAAAUAGAUGACAAUGACCCAUCAAACAUGUGGCAACACACCUUUAGAUAGAUCUACACAAUAGGUAGUUCCUUUCAAAGACGUGCUCCUCAAGUAUUUACAAGACAUUUAACUGGGCAAUUUUUUGGUCGACUAUGGUGCUUUGUAAAAGAUAUAGAACUAUUUAAUGAAAUAAAUAUUGUUCUUUUAUGUUUCUUUCUUUUUCAGAAGAGUGAUAUAAAAAAAAAAGAAUAUCCAAAACGCUAGGAAUGUACUGUAAUAUGUCAAAAUACUGUAUAUAAUAGCAUAUAUUGCACAAUGUAUGAUAAAAUUUUAGGAAUUUUGAAUAAAUUGGACAAUAUAUGCACGCAACUAAAUAUAUUCAUAAAACAUAUACCCAUAUUUUGAAUUCAUUUUCUAACAAUGUGUUUGUAUAUUACUUUUUCAUGAAGGUUCCGCUACUUUAAAGCAUCCUUAAGAUAAAUUUCCAUUGACCCUGGGUUUUAAGAUGAAUUUGUCAAUUUUUUUUUUGUUGUUGUUGGCAGUUGUUUGGAUCAUUAUAAGCAUUUAAAUGAGAAGGCAGGAUAUUUUUUUUAGAUCAAUGAUCUAUAAACUGAACAGUAUCUUCUGUAGCACCAUCAAGUUGUAUUUCCACUUGUUGUGUUUAGGCUGUGGCAGAGUUUGUAGGCUCUUAAAAGAUAAACAAUGCAACAGAAGAUUUGUUUAAAAAAAAAACAGAAAAAAGAAAAAAAGAGAAAAGAAAAGAAAAACAAGGCUUUAACGUGAUCAAGUGAACACUUGAGCUCAUUAUUCAGUAGCAUUGUAGCUAGUGACAAUGGCACCGACAAUUUUGACCUUCUGGAACUCAUUGACUUUUUUUAUUGCAUUGCAUUUAUUUUAUAUUGAAUUUAUAUCUGUUCACAGAACAAGCAUUCUAUCACUUUAUCAUGAUUUAUUUCAACAUAAACAUUUUCCAUUCCAAUUUGCGUUUGUAUAAUUUUGAAUAAACCAACCAUCUUAGUAAAGCUUGAGUCUUUGUUUUGAUUGAACACAAAUC